AAAUGAGCCGCAAUUGUGACAGGAUCUAUGUACUGCACUACUGCAGUACUACUAGUACUACUUCCUUUAGUACGCAGUAUUUCCAUUUAGUGCGCCGUCUUUUGUCGUGUGUGCGUGUUUGACUUGGAUCUGAACAACCAGAUUAUUUUCACUCCAUGCCACCAAAGAGAGAAGCUGGAGGUGCUCCUAACCAAUCUCCAGCCAAAAUGAUGAAAGUCAGCCCAGAGACACGUUCUUUCAGCUGUGAUCCUAUGGAGGAAUCCAACUACUCACCUUUCCCCAAUCACAACAGCGAAAACAUUGACUUUGAUGAAGAAAAUGUUGCAAGUUCUGGCAUCAGGACAGACACGAUCAGCCUGCUUAUGAAGAUAGAGCAACUACAAGCACAACUCAAAUACGAACGCAGAUGUAGAAUCUUGGCAGAGAGAGAACUCAGGGAGCUGAAAGAGAUGAACACCCUGAUGAUGCAGAUGAGACACACAGCACAUGAACUGCGAGUCACGCUGGAUCACGUGCUACAUGGAAGUGAUGCAGGAGCUGCACCACUCUGUCCUCAAGAUGAAUCUCUGUCUUUUCUGCCUGAGCCUGAGGCUGCAGCAGCAAUGGUUCAUAAUAUUCCUGAGGACAGUCAAGAUUUUCUGUAUCUUGCGGAGAAUCUCCGAGUACAAAAAAGUCUGUACGAGCGCAUUGCAGAAAUGGCAGACUACAAGAAGUACACAUCAGCACUCCUCAUGAUGCUUUUUGACCGAGAAACUUUGGCCACGCACUCCCUGCAAGGUCGGAAGAGCUCCUUCACUGGAGAAGACUGCCACAAGCCACAACUUCCGCCUGGCAUCCUGAGAAGUCUCAUUGAUCAUGUGGCGGACAAGUUUGGCGUCGAUAGCAGCCAGAUUAAAACAGCAAUCCGGACUAAACUGAAUAAUGAAGACAAAUUGUUGAAGAAAAGACUGGGACUGGUUAAAGCUGACAGCAAAGCGGGUAUCAAUCAGAGAUCCUGCCACGAUGCUGCACACCUGCGUGAAAAUGCAGCGAUGACUAACGAGUCACUCUUAUAGCCUUUCAUGGUCUAAAGGUUUCACUUUAACCUGAUGGUUCAUGUGUUUUUCACAAGUGUUUCAUGACUGAUAGAAACGUGACAAGUGUCCUUUUGUUAGACUGUCUAGUUUAGGACGUCACAGUGACAAAUUAAAGCAACACUAUCAAAUGCAGAAAUCACAAAUACAAAAAGCUCCCUGCACCAAUUCAGCAGCAGGUCGAUGUGUCAAAAAACAUCUUGCAAAGAGCUCCACACUACAUAUUAAGUAUCUGCAACACAAAAAGAAACUGUGUGAAUCUGUAGCCAAACAUGUCAUCAGAUUAAAUUCUUGAAUGUGAUGUAGGUUAUCUUUGUGUUCUCUGUGUUUGCAAAUGUGUACUUGAAUUGUAAGAUGCUUGUUGAUGGAGCUACCUGCUGUUGAAUUGAUGGAGGUGUUUUGUACAUUUAGUAAUAAUAAUAGCCAUGUAGGCUCUGUGUGCGUAUGUGUGUUUGGCUUCGAUCACGCAAAAACCGGUGAGAGCUGAUAUUAGUGCA